ACUCUCUAUAUUGCAAUGGAAUACCUUGAGGAAGGAGACCUCACCCGGCAUAUCGGCACACCACUACCGCAGGAAAUCGUCAAUGAUAUUUCAAAGCAAAUACUCGAAGGUCUAGAAAUAAUGCACCAACAGGGCAUAGCUCAUCGGGACCUAAAGCCUGCGGUAUGAUUAUAGCCACCAAACACCCCCCCUUGACAAUAUCGCAUGGCGGAAUACUGAUGAAUGUGUAGAACAUCUUUGUAGUUUCUAUGUCUCCCGUCUGGGUCAAACUAGGGGAUUUCGGGAUAUCGAAGCGGAUCUUGGCUCAGGAUACAACAUCCUUCCACACCCGGGUCUCGACUCCUAUGUAUAGCGCCCCUGAGGUUCUGGGGUUGGACUCGAAUAGCGAAACCUCGGACUAUACGAACUCUGUUGACAUUUGGUCCCUCGGAUGUGUGAUAUAUGAGUUA